AUGAAGUCCGCCAUUACCUUUGCAAUUCUUAUUGCAGCCCUAAGCAGUUUUGUUUCUGCCAAGGAGUGUGUCUACGGACAUUACUACUGUGGACGUGACCUCAUGGAAAACGGUGACUACUAUAAUGAUAUCAUCGAGUCACUAAUAGAUGCACAUGAGCCGGUUGACUUCCCACACAUUGUAAACUCGGUCUUCUACUGCAAAGACUCCGGGUCAAUCCCCUUCAAGUUAAUCCCCUUCAAGGAGUACUGCAUCCAGGGCUGCUACACAAAUGAUUGGGACAAAGAUGAUCGCUGCAAGACCAGCAAGGACUGGGAGUGGAGGGAGCAGCAUUGAGAAUAGGACCACAGUCCAAGACUGCCUUGUUCCGGUGGUAGCGACUAAGUGAAGGCACAUUCAGCAAUUCCCAAC